UAAAAAUAAUCUAGUGAUAUUUAUAGAUGGUAGAAAAGGAAAUUGUAUUGUAGAUUUGUCGAGUUAAGAUUAUACAGAAGUGACUUGGUAGAUAUAUUGAAAAGUGUUUUGUGAUAUAAAAUGGCAAAAACCUACGAUUAUUUAUUCAAGUUAUUACUAAUUGGUGAUUCGGGUGUAGGGAAAACUUGUGUUUUAUUUAGGUUUUCCGAAGACGCAUUCAAUACAACUUUUAUUUCGACAAUAGGUAUUGACUUUAAAAUUAGAACAAUAGAUUUAGAUGGUAAAAAGAUUAAAUUACAAAUAUGGGAUACAGCAGGUCAAGAAAGAUUUCGAACCAUCACAACAGCUUAUUACCGUGGAGCUAUGGGUAUUAUGUUAGUUUAUGACAUAACAAAUGAAAAAAGUUUUGAAAACAUAAAAAAUUGGAUAAGAAAUAUCGAAGAAAAUGCGUCGGCAGAUGUGGAAAAAAUGUUAUUGGGUAAUAAAUGUGAAUUGGAUGAAAAAAGGCAAGUUUCAAAAGAGAGAGGGGAACAACUUGCUGUAGAAUAUGGUAUUAAGUUUAUAGAAACAAGUGCUAAGGCUAGUAUUCGAGUAGAAGAUGCAUUUUUUACAUUAGCUAGAGAUAUUAAGGCUAAAAUGGAAAAGAAACUGGUAAGGAAAUUGGAAGUUUUAUUUAUUUAUUUGGAUAUUGACAGUUCAAAAAUAAUUCAAUUCAAUAAUUUGAUAUGUGCUUUGUUAUUUAUGAAAUUGAUAACUUCUGUCCACAAAAUGAAUUAAUAGGUAAUAAUAUUUCAUGAUUCUAAUUGAUGUUUCAUGGCCAAUAUUAGGCAUAUAUAUAAUUAUUAGAUAAUAAAUUUUAUAACUGCUACCAAAUAACUGACUGAGAACAUAAAUUUUCUCAUUAGUAAUUUGCGUCUCAACCCAGUAUCUCACUAGAAUUUCCUUAUGUAAACAGCCUUCAACAUUACAGUUAAUGAUCUAUUUAGAUCUUAACAAUUUAAAACUAGUAUUAAAAAUUGUUUAUUUCACAUUGUUUAUAAACAUUUAAUAAACUUUUUCAAAUACUACCAUUUUAUAAAUUGCAUCUCAUAAUUAUUCCAGUUUCUGUUUAAUUUUAUAAAUUGUAUGACUAGAAAUAUAAAGUUGCAUUAAAUGCAAAUUUGAUUUUUUACCAAAAUAAUUUUUCCAGUACUUCUUAGUUAGACGACUAUUUUUAAUACAUUAUUUUCAAUAAUAUUUCUCCAAUCCACUAUUUUGGAAACUUAUGAAAUAAAGAGUUUUAUUACAAAAAUCUUAUAAAUUACUGUGUAGUACAUUUCUUUUAGUUUCAUAAUUUUCAAAUUGACUUGUCCUUUAUGUUUAACAUAGUUUAAUUGGUAAAAAUUCAAAAUCAAAAUAUUACUAAUGUGUUACAAUAUUUUUCAUUUUCUCUGGCAAAAUGAGACCAAUGUGCAUUUAGUUUCCAAAUCCUGCAAUUAGUUGAUGAUAUGUAUAAAAUAAGACAUUUGUGCACAUUGUCUGAAUACCUGAAACUUGUUCAAUAUACUUACAUAAAUAAAUACAUAAUGUUUUUAUUAAUUUUUCUAGUGUAUCAUAUACUAAGUUUUCUUUCUUUGAAUUACUUUUGAACUGUGUACAGCUAUAGUACUAUUUUUCUAAUUUAUUGUAUUUUUCUUGCUCACCCUUUAUAUUGGCAGAAGGUAAAUAGUACAUUUUUUGUAGGCAUGCUAACAAUUCUAACAAAGUGUGUAUCUACUCCACAUCACACUAUUGCAUUUUUCAGAAAUAGUACGAGUAUUUUGUGGAACUUGAAAUAGUAUCACUGAUUUUAAAUAGCUGCUAAUUUUCAUUACUCAUUAGUUAAUAUGACACACAAACAAAAGAAGUUAUAUUGUGUAUCAAGUACCUAAUGUCUGUGACGCUAUUUAUAUAGGACAGACAUCUCAAUAUUUGGAAAAUAGAUUGAAAAGUCAUCAAUGAGAUAAAAAAAUUAAACAGCAUUAGCAAACCAUGCAAUAUCUAAAACCCAUACAUUCAAUCAUAAAAAUUCAAAAAAUCUUGAAAGAGUGUCAAACAUAAGAAAAAAAGAAUUUUUAGAAACAGUUCACGUGCAUAAAAACAAAACAGUUAUCAACGAUAAAAACAAACAAUUUAAGUAAAAUUUAUAAUCUUACUUUAUAAAUUUCAAUGUAACUAUGAAUAAUUUGUUUGAAUAUUGCUACUUGUUUUGAGAUAUAACAACUUAUAAUGAAAAAUUAUUCAAUGUAAUUGAAGAUAAAUUUUUAUUUUGAUAUUAAUUUUAUAUGUGAUCUAUUGAUUUAUAUAAUUAUGAAAAUUGUCAAUAUCAAAUUAUAUUUUGAUAAAGACCGCAAUAAGCCGAAACGUCAAGUUUUGAUGCUUUUAUACAGCGAAAUUUUAAUUAAAAGGAACUUAAAAUCAACAUCAUUCAUCAACAAAACUAUAACACAAACUAUAGAAAUAUUCUUUAAGCUGUUAAUUAAUACCCAACAGGCACUGUCGAUAUCCAAGUGUUGAUUUUAUCUUGAAAUUCGAAAUAAUUUAUAGCCACAAUAUUUAGGUAUAGGAAAUGCUUAGCAAAUAUAAAACAAAUUUUUACAUGAAAGUGGUUUCUCCUCAAAAGUACUGUAUAGAAUUUAGUUAAGUUCCAGAAAUGAUCAGUAAUUCAAGAUCAUGUAUAGCGAUUUAUAGAAAUAUAGUUCUGUAAAAUACUCUCAUAUUCUGUCUAGAUAUUUUUAGUUUCUGAAAAAGGUUAUAUGACUAUUGUAUGCUUAUUAUGCUUGAUUAACAUCUGAAUUGAAUUUAUAGGACAUUAUUUAAUUUGAUUUCAAAUUUAUUAAUAAAUUGAUAUAACCCGUUAUGGACUUAUUUUGUUUAUAACAAAUUUUACCACUAAUAUUAUUAAGAGGUGAUAAUAGAGUGCUAUGUGCACUUCAUUUCUGGUGACAGACGUUUAAUCGACAGGAUGGAGGUAGAUGGGACUCUUUUCACUCCAUUCUAAUAUCAAGCUAACAGCUCUCCCACAUAAUCUAUUCUUAUAUCUAAUAUGGAUAUAUUCGUUGUUUCAAUUUUUCAAGUAACUCAAUUUUCCAUUGUUGAUAUCUGUAAAAUAAUCAUCAAAUAAUUAUUGCCUUUCGUCUCUUAUAAUCCAAAUAAACCAAAAAGAGAAGGAUUUAUUUUUGGUAAAAAAGAAAUGUUCCAAAUGGAUUAGAUGAUAAUCUCUAGGGCAAUAUAAUAUUUUUUAAAGAAUCCUGUCAAAUCUUCACAGUUUUUUGAUGUUACAAAUAAUAAUGAUAUUCUCCAAAAUGAUCAUGAAGGAAGAACGAAUUCAUGAAAUGGAACAGCAAAUUUGAAAAGAUUUAGGGGAAUAUAUAAAUUCACGUGAAAAUGGAUACAUAAAGACAUACCCCAACCUAAAUCCAAAUUUACGCUAACACCAACAACAACGCUCAAUAUUACACACUAUACGACUUUUCGGAAAAUAUAACUGGGAUCAGCUGAUUGCAGAUCCCAACCCAGAAAGAGAUUUAUAUCAGUUUACGACGUUGCGUUCAAAGUACUAUAAUCUAUUCAAACAGAAAACCACUCGAGGAAACUAUAAAGUAAUUGAAAAAAAAAAACAAAAAAAAAGAUCCCUAACUAAUAAUAAACCAAGCAGAAAACGCAUAGAAACUACUGAAAAGGAGAAUAGGUUUCUCUCCAAAUUUAUUACAAUAAAACUAAACUGUAAUAAAAACCUAACCAAAGAGCAUAAAAAUAACAUUAAACAUAAACAAAAACUUGACACUAACAAA